AUGAGGUGCCCAGAAAAGCACAAGCUCCAAUGUGCAGUUUUCAUGUUGACUGACAACGCAAAAAUCUGGUGGCAUUCAACAAAGAAAACGAUUGAUACUAGUGGGGAACUUGCAAUUUGGGAGCAGUUCAAUAAGCAUUUUUAUGAGAAGUAUUUUUCGGCCAACACCCGAUACAACAAGCCGGCAGAGUUCUUGAACUUGAAACAGGGAGUUAUGUCAAUGGAGGAAUAUGCGCAGGAAUUUGAUAAACUGUCCCACUUUACUCAUGAACUAAUAGCCACCGAGGCUGUAACGAUAGAGAGAUUCAUCCAGGGUCUAAGGAGCGGACUACGAGGUAUGGUACAUGCUAUGGACCUCAAGACGUAUGAUGCGGCAUUGCGAGCCGCCGUGAGUAUUCAUUCUGACUCCCAGGUGGGAGAAGAGUAUAGGAAGUUGCUCGAGAUUGGGACCUCUAUAGGUCAGAAAAUGAAGGUUGAGCCCAGGGCUCCUAAGCAUCAGCAGAGGAACCAGAACACAGUGAAUGCUCCACAUCAGUGCAGAUAA